AUGAAGUCGCUCCUGUUACUGUAUCUUUUCCAACUGAUAAUAUUCCCGUUUAAUAAUCAUGUACUAGCCAGUAGUAAUAGUUCAAACUCCACUACUAAGAAAGAGAAGGUGCCUUCCAAGCUGCUAAAGACAUCCUCACUAUUAACAUGUAUGGAUAACUCACAAUUUACAGCAUCCUUCUUCGAUGUCAGAUACUAUCCUCACAAUAAUACUGUCAUAUUUAACGUCGAUGCCACCACUACCAUCAAUGAAAACGUCAUCGUCAAGGCCGAAUUAAUCACAUACGGUCUUAACGUCAUGAAGCAAUCUUUCGAUCUAUGUACAUUAAAUGAAGUCUCUCUGUGCCCUCUUUCCGCAGGAAGAAUCGAUGUCAGAUCAUCAUACCAAAUUGAUGCAGAUGUAUUGAAACAAGUACCCGGCAUUGCAUAUACCGUCCCUGAUUUAGAUGCUCAAGUGCGUGUCGUGGCUUAUUCUCAAAAUGAUACAUCCUUCUCUACACCCUUGGCAUGUGUUCAAGCCAUUGUCUCUAAUGAUAAAACCGUACAGACUAAAUAUGCCUCAUGGCCCAUCGCUGCCGUAUCUGGUAUUGGUGUCUUAACAUCCGGGUUUGUCUCAGUUAUAGGUUAUAGUGCCACUUCUGCUCAUAUCGCGUCCAAUUCUAUCUCAUUGUUCAUCUAUUUCCAAAAUUUAGCCAUUACGGCAAUGAUGGGGGUCUCAAGAGUACCACCUAUCGCUGCUGCAUGGACUCAAAAUUUCCAAUGGUCCAUGGGGAUCAUUAACGCAGGAUUCAUGCAAUCUAUAUUUAAUUGGUACGUGCAAGCAACUAAUGGGGUAUCUACCGUGGUCGCAUCAAAUAAAAAUAUCCUUUCCAUUUCCGUGCAAAAGAGGAAAAGAGACAUUAUGAAUUUCAUAAAGAGAUCCUCCAUCACAGUGGCAUCCGCUGAUGAUUAUAAUUUCGACAAAAUCUUGGAUGAUUCAUCUUUAUAUACUACAAAUGAACGUGACUCUAGCGUUUACUCAACAAGAAUCAUCGUCCUGAGGGGGAUUCAACGUGUCGCAUUCAAGGCAAACAUCGAAUUAUCAAAUUUCUUCCUCACAGGUACUGUGUUUUUCUUGUUUUUCCUAUUCGUCGUCAUCGUAUCCAUGAUCUUCUUUAAAGCUUUGAUUGAAGUGUUAACCAGAGCUAGAAUUAUGGCUGAGACUUCUAAUUUCUUUCAAUAUAGGAAAAAUUGGGGGAGUAUCAUUAAGGGGACGUUAUUUAGAUUGGCUAUCAUUGCAUUCCCACAAAUUUCCUUAUUAACUAUUUGGGAAUUCACUCAAGCGGAUUCUCCAGCGGUAGUGGUUGAUGCCGUGGUAAUAUUCAUUGUCAUCACAGGUUUAUUAAUGUACGGUACUACAAGAGUCAUGAUAAAGGGUAGGGAGUCAUUACGUCUAUACAAAAACCCUGCAUACCUAUUAUAUUCCGAUUCUCAUUUCUUGAAUCGUUAUGGGUUCCUUUACGUUCAAUUUAGAGCUGAUGCCUUCUGGUGGUUAGUGCCCAUGUUAUCAUACGCUUUCUUAAGAUCUCUAUUUGUUGCAGUGUUACAAAAUCAAGGUAAGGCACAGGCAAUGGUUAUCUUCGUCAUUGAAUUGAUCUAUUUCGUGGUCCUAUGUUGGAUCAGACCAUAUUUGGAUAAGAGAACAAAUAUCUUUAACAUCGCCAUCCAUUUGGUUAAUUUGAUUAAUUCCAUCUUCUUCCUUUUCUUUUCUAAUUUGUUCAAACAACCUGCUAUUGUGUCCUCCGUCAUGGCUGUCAUUUUGUUCGUCUUGAAUGCUGUGUUUGCCCUAUUCUUACUUUGUUUCACCAUUGUGACAUGUGCAUUAGCAUUAAUUCAUAGAAACCCUGACAUCCGUUAUCAACCAAUGAAGGACGAUCGUGUAUCUUUCAUUCCAAAGAUUCAAAAUGGUGAAGGUGUCAUGAAUUAUGAUAACAAUAAAUCAGAAGCGGAAUUGUUUGAAUUAAGACAAGCUGUCAUGGACACCAAUGAAACAGAACAGGAAAAGAUGAUCCGUGAUGAUACAUUUGCAUUAAAGAACCCAACAAAUCGUAGCAGUAGAUUACUAUUCGAUGAAGAUUUGGAUGAAGAAAGUUCCACCACUACAAAUGGACUCAAUAAGAUCAUCACUGAUGAACAACAACCAGCGAAACCAGCAUCUGCUGUGUUCGGUAAUGGUACUCCAGCUACAAUGAACCAAGGUAACUUCAAGAUACCGACAACGGGGUCAUCAGCGGCUAAUAGAAAUUUCAAAUUGAGGAAACCAGAAAACAGUUUCUAUAGUGGUGCAGGAAACCAUUCUCAAUACAUGAAUGAUAAUUCGUUCCUAUGA